GGUGUGAAGGCUUUAUUCCUUCACCUCACUUGUAUUCACUGGGAGCCCGUUAUGUGUCGAGAUCUGAGAGCGAAGGCUUCGUUUUCCAGGUCUCUCCAAAAGAAAUGGAAAAAGGCUCAAAGUGAAAUGGUUUACCCAAGGCCACAGAAAAGGUUGAUGGCAGAGGAAGGAGAAUUACUUAAGCUUUCCUAAUUCCUACCUGAGCUCUUCACCCAACCCCCACCCUUACCACUCAAUACCUGCCCAAGUGGAGUUGCCUCAUGGUCACUGAACCUUUCAGAAUUUCCACACUGAUUAGUCAACAGUGGAAAAUCCGAAGAGAUGCAAGUAGGAAAAAGAAACUAAAACAGGCCUGAAGAGCGAUGCGACAGGCGUGAUGGAGGUCGAGUCCUCCUACUCGGACUUCAUCUCCUGUGACCGGACAGGCCGUCGGAACGCGGUCCCUGACAUCCAGGGGGACUCUGAGGCUGUGAGCGUGAGGAAGCUGGCUGGAGACAUGGGCGAGCUGACACUCGAGGGGGCAGAAGGACAGACAGAGGCGGGCACUCCGGACAAGGAAGCUAGCAAGCAGCCUGAGAGCAACGAUGGGACCACCUCGUCUUGAGUCUGACCUUGCCCAUGGAAGGUGGAAGAGAGACCUGCUGUCCCCACCUGGACAGGGAGCCCUGGCAUUGGCCUGGCAGCCCCUUCUCUGAGCCCCUGUACCAGGCAAGCCAGGCCAGAGUGAAAAGGCACCCCCGGAGGCCGCCGUGGCCCCUACCCUGGAAAAACCCUCCCCCUGCACCCUCAGGCUCCACUCGCCCACCACCUCCUCACCGUGCCCGGGCACACUCUCAAGACCCUGUAGCUGCGGGGCAUUAUUUAUUCAGCGGGCACCUGGGUGAGCAGCACCCCAAGAACACGCCUCCAUAGGUGGUCUGGGCGGCAACCACGGCCCAGCUCUGCCCCGCCUUCUCCAAGCCCAACCUUCUGGGUCAAGACCUUCGUAUCCCUUUUUUUAAAAAACACUUUUAAACUUUUUAAAAACUAUAAACCUCUUUUCAGCAGAGAGGAAGGGAGCUGACUUUUUUUUUUUUUUUUUUUGGAAGGCAUUGUAAGCAGAACUGACCAUCUGUGCAGCUCCACGUCCCCUCGUGGAGCUUCACGGAUCCAUUUCUAGGGAAGGGGUUUUGUGCUCACAACUGAUCAACUCUUUGCCCUUUCUACCAACAUAAGUGGCACCUAGGACCCAAGAAAUAAAUGCUGAUGAUUUGUGUGA